AUGGACUCGUACUCGUCGUCAUUCAGGGACUCCAGGGAUUCGGGUCGCUCCCCGAACAUGGAUCGGCCUCCUCGCGCCCGCGAGGAAUCCCGGGGCAGAGACGAGCGCUCCGAUAUUUUCUACCGCAAUAGAUCUCCUGGCAACGAACGACGAGAUCGCCGUCGAUCUCGCUCUCCUAUCGACAGAUAUGAACCUCGUACCCGCCGAGACGACCGCGAUGAUAGGAGACGCGGAAUCUCUCCUCCUUCGAGCAUUGACCGUUAUAUUCCCAACCAAGACCACACCCCAGCUGGGACUCUUGUCAAUCCCGUGCCGAAUCCUGCUCAACUUCAGUAUCAAGUUGGCUUCUCCUUCUUCAGCGAAUGGUGGCGCAUGAAUGAAAAAGUGAAAGAAGAUAAAGAGCGCGCGCGCACCGGACGCCGCCGAGAGCCUGAGCGGCCGCGCGGUGCCCGUGAAUCGCAAGAAGAACGAGACAAGGAAAAGGCGCAAAUUCAGGCUGCCUAUGACUUAUAUAAGGAAGAACUCCAGGCCAAGAUGGCUCGCGCCUUCGUCAAUGAGCAUAAUAAGGAGCAAUGGUUUAAGGAGCGAUAUGUGCCCGAGAUCCGAGAUGGCUUCAGAGCCAAGCUUAAUGAAGUGAGACGAGGAGCUUACAGUCAAUGGGAGCAAGACUUGGAAUCUGGCACCUUUGAUGAAUUUUCCUUGGAGGGUAUUCCUAAAAGCGAGAGCAAUGGAACAGGUGGCAUCAUCGAAAAAGAGGAGGGCGAAGCUACCGCUACCAACGAAAUUCUUGGCGUCAGUGAUCUUGUUCCAGCUCAUGGCGCAGACAUUCGCGAUGAAAACCAAUUCCAGCCAACUCUUCUCAUCAAGACCAUUGCGCCUCAUGUCAGCCGUCAAAACUUGGAGGAGUUCUGCAAAGAGCACCUUGGGGAGGAAGAGGGUGGUUUCAGGUGGUUGUCGCUGUCGGAUCCGAACCCGAGCAAGAGGUAUCAUCGCAUCGGUUGGGUAAUGCUUCAUCCGUCUUCUGAGUCGAUAAUGCAUGUUGAUCGAGCUGAUCCCAAAGAUGUUGACGAUGGUGAGGCCGCUACUACACCUCCCCCUGCCUCCACAGCUGAGAAGGCCUUGGAAGCUGUCAAUGGCAAAACUGUGAAGGACGAGGCCCGAGGGGACUUUGUGUGCCAUGUUGGUGUACACAACCCGCCUGGAAACCUAAGAAAGAAGGCUCUUUGGGAUUUAUUCUCUGCCCCUGAGCGCAUCGAUAAGGACUUGCUCCUCGUGCAAAGGCUUGUCAACAAGUACGAGGAGGAUUUUGGCUCAGACUUCCAGGCCAUCAUCAAAAUCGAGGAAAAGGUUGAGAGUCUCAGGAAUUCAAACCAGUUGAAGCCUGCGGUUCCUCCUGCGCCACGCAAGAAGGCCACCAAGAGGAAAGUACUGUCGAUGGAUGAGGCAAUGGAUGAAGAGGGGGGGGAAGACGGCAUGGCUGUGGACGAUGAAGACGAUGAGGGUGCCGUGGAUGAAGAUGAAGUUGACGAUGAAGACAUGCUGGUCAAGAAGAAGCAGCUUGAUCUUCUCAUCGAGUACCUGCGACGUGUCUUCAACUUCUGCUUCUUCUGCGUAUUCGAGAGUGACUCCAUUCACGAGCUCACACGCAAGUGUCCCGGUGGUCACUUGCGUCGCCCUCGUAGCACCCUUUCUAGCUCGGCUAGAGAGGUUGCAAAGGCUAGCGCUAAUGGCAGUCCUUUCCCUGAGAGGAAGCGUGCUGAGGGAGAAGAGGAUUUCGAUUUGGAAGGUCCAGACACUGAGAAGAAAUUCCGCAAUACGUUUAACAAAACCGAACAACAGCUCAUGCGGGCUUUCAAUUGGGUCAGAACAUUUGAGGACAAGCUUCAACAGAUCUUGGAUCCUCAAUCGUCAGACACUCGCAAGCUGGGCGGACGUCCGGUGGAUGAGGCCGUCGAGGCUGAGCUCGCAAAGCACGUUAAGCAGGAAGAUGAGCACAAAUGGCGGUGCAAAGUUCCAGAAUGUAGCAAGUUGUUCAAGGAGGAGCAUUUCUGGAAGAAGCAUGUCGAGAAGAGACACGCAGAAUGGGUUGAUGGGCUGAAGGAAGAGUUUGAACUGAUCAACUCGUAUGUCCUUGACCCAUCACACAUUGCGCCGUCUCGCACCGACGCAAACUCGAACGGACAUUUCCCCCAGCCUAAUGGCAACUCUGCAGCGGGUACCCCUCGCGGUUUCAACCUGCAGAAUUUCUCUACAAACCCGAUGAUGGUGCCAAGCUUCGCGGCUGGCGGAGUCCCACAUGGCUUCCCAGGCGUGCACGGCAACGGGUGGAAUGGAGGGGAUCAUGAGCGCUCCAGUGGCCCCAUUCGACGCGGAGGCAUGGCCAACCGGGGCCAGUACCGCACCGGCCCCUAUGACCGACGUGGUGGUGGUCGUUUCGACGGCGGCCGAAACAGGAUCGGCGGUUCUCGCUGGGGUGACGGCGCCGGUGCUGGUGCUGGUGGGCCACGUGAGGCUGUACAGGGACGAAGCUUGAAGAGCUAUGAGGACCUUGAUCAAGUCUCUGGAAAUGGCGGCGGUGAGCUCAACUAUUAA